ACCCAGAUGUCGAACAUGAGAUUCUUAGAGAGAUCGGAGAGAAAUCAGAAGCGCCAGUUUAUGAUGAAGUGAAAGACAUGGUUUACACACAUGCUUCACUCUGUGAAAGCAUGAGACUGUACCCACCGGUCCCUCUGGAUUCGAAAGAAGCUACGGAAGAUGAUGUUCUUCCAGAUGGGACUGUUGUGAAGAAGGGUAUGAUUGUGACUUACCACCCUUAUGCAAUGGGGAGGGUGGAGAAGUUGUGGGGACCUGACUGGAUUGAGUUCAGUCCCGAGAGGUGGUUGGACAGAGACACGGUCACCGGAAAGUGGAGUUUUGUGUCGAGGGAUCCGUAUAUGUAUCCAGUGUUUCAGGCUGGGCCAAGGAUUUGUUUAGGGAAGGAGAUGGCUUUUAUGCAGAUGAAGAGGGUGGUUGCUGGUGUAUUGCGGCGGUAUAGGGUGGUUCCGCUGGUGGAGGAAGGGGUUGAGCCGGUUUUCAUGUCACACUUGACAGCGAAGAUGAAAGGUGGUUUUCCUGUAGGGAUUGUGGAAAGGGGGCAGAGGUUUUAAUCCUUGGUUUUGAUUGGUGUUUGCCUCUAAAUUCUGUUUUUACUUAAUCGAUGGUGUUAAUCCUAUCAUUAAAUUGUGUAUUUGUCAGUCUUAUCAUUAAAUUGCGU